UUUCUAUCACAACAUGCAAGGCUUGCAUUGAAGUUAAAAAAAUUGCUAAUUUGGCGUGAAAAUUAAAUUAGCAAAGAUUUUCACAAAAUUAUUUUGUGUACAGACGUGUGUAUAUUUCCAAGCACAAUGAUCGUUCACUCGAUCUUAGCAGCAGUGCUACUCGCGCUUACAUCAGCUAUACCUGUACCAGAGCCUUACCCAUAUCCGUAUCCUAACCCAUACGCUUUUCCAAAUCCUGACCCUGCACCAAAUCCGUAUCCUGAUCCGCAAGGAUGUUGCAUGCCAUCACCAGCUUGUAGUAAUCCAUGUCCACAACCAUUCCAGAAAGGUCCCAGACAACCUGUCGUGUACGCUCCGCUACCAGGUGAGAUCGUGUUCAAGUUAUUACAAAACUGGGAUACAGAGUUAUUAGAUUCUUCUUCGUCAAUGUUCCAAAUCUUAGAAGGAAACAUCAGAUCGGCUGUGCAAGCAGUGGUGGGGCCAACAGCGCAAGUAACUAAUGUAUAUUUCAGGGAAGGAUACGUUCCUGGCAAUCCUCCUAGCAGGCCAAAAACAGUAGCACAUAUGAUGGUGAACGGAGGUUCAGAUGCUGCUUCCAUCUUGGAACAUUCCGUCACCCCAGAUGGAUCACUUGGUGAUGGGUUAAAGGUCUACAAGGACUCGUUUAAUGCUUAUUAAACAUUAAGCAAAAAGGUA